AUGACGGUGUUGGCCGGCACGAUAGGCUACAUGGCGCCGGAGUACUUCUACACCGGCAAGGCAAGUAAGGAAUCCGAUGUCUACAGCUUCGGGAUCGUGGCGUUGGAGAUAGCAUGCGGUAGAAGACCAUUAAUGGUGGAGGAGAGCGGCACGGUCGAACUGGCUCGAUGUGUGUGGGAGCUCUACGGGAGGAAGAUGAUUCUCGAGGCGGCGGAUGAGAAUCUAAAGGGCGAAUUUGAUCAAAAACAAAUGGAGUGCUUGAUGGUCGUGGGGUUAUGGUGUGCUCAUCCUGAUCCAAAGCUACGGCCGUCGAUGAAACAGGCCAUUAACGUGCUCAACUUUGAUUCUCCUUGGCCGGAGCUCCCUCCGGCGAUGCCGGUGCCUACUUACGGCCCGGCUCCGUUAUCUGAGUUGACUACUACGAGGCAGGAGCACGAGUUCUGA